AUGUUUGACGGAGUUGAGCGGAUGCUUCGAGGAGUCAGGCAUGUGCCAGGGCUAAGGAGGAAUCUAAUUUCGCUUGGAGUUCUUCAUGAUGGUGGUAUGGUAUUCCGUUGUGAUCGGGAUAAGAAGACCAUGAGAAUCAUGAAAGAUGAGGUGACCGUGAUAAUUGGAGGGAGGACGGCUUCACAUCUUUACAAGUUGUAA